GCAGGGCAGAAUCAGCUCUAAUAAUGGCGCCAGGUGUGGAAGAAGAGCUUGCAGCUUCUGAGAUCCUCAGAGGAAUUGCUCGGCACCUCAACUGUCUGAACGAAGACGGCAAAUCAACACGGAAAAGAACCCUCGAGUCGAUAAAGAAAGAAACUAUUGACAAGAAACUCCCCAGCUUUGUCUUGCAAGAGGUUUUCUCUGUUCUCCUCAAGCCUCUUCUCAAGUGUCUAGCAGAUCCAACAGAAAGAUGCAGAGAAACAGCAAUCCUUAUGAUGACAGAGUUUAUUCGUUUUGUUCCCAACCCUGAGGCGUCUCUAUCGUUUUUGAUGCCCUGCUUGGCUCAGAGGCUCGGGGACAAGGAUCUCCAUGAGCCGUCUGAGGAGCUCCGGCUGACCAUCAUGGAGAUGUUGAGUCUCAUUAUUGAGGUUUGUGGGAAACAUUUGGCUCCAUAUCUGGACGACAUGAUCAGCAUACUGCAAAGAACUAUAGUAGAUCCUUUCCCAGAAGUCAAACGUGAGAGCUGUAAAUGCACGGUCAGGUUUGCCCAAAAUGUUCCUGAGCACUUCCACAUGCAGGCGGAGAGUUUGGUGAAGCCUCUGAUGCAGACGAUUGCUCAUCAGCACUCCCGAGUGCGAGUGUCAGUCAUCGAAGCCACGGGGGCCGUAAUUCAGCACGGCACCGGGAAAAACGUGGAUGACGUUCUCUCUCACUUGGCACAGAGACUGUUUGAUGAUUCUCCACAGGUUAGACGAGCCAUCACUCUGGUUGUUGGCGAUUGGCUGCUUCACUUGAGGGACAGAUAUUCCUAUUUUGCCAAACUCAUCCCAUUGCUGCUGAGUGGGAUUAAUGAUGAGAUCCCUGAGAUACGACUCCAGGCUGUGGAUUUGUGGAGGCAGGUUGGGUCCCAGUGGGAGAAGGAGAAUGAGGAUGACAUCAAGGACAAGCUGGACUUUCUCUUGACCCCUCCGUCCCACUACCCAACAGGGGAGGAGCGACCUGGACUUGGCUGCCGAGAACUAGUCGUGAGAAACCUGUCCAAGCUAGUUCCUGCCAUCAGCAACGACCUGACUGACUGGCUGGCCUCCACCCGGAUCAGAACAUCCCAGCUGCUUUAUGUGCUGCUGCUGCAUGCUGAGGACCACUGCACUCAGCAUCUCCAGCCCGUCUUGGCUCUCCUCUACCGGGCCUGUAGUGACGCUGAGAAAGAUGUGGUCCGAAAUUGCCUGAAAGCUGCUCAACUAUUAGGGACCUUUGUCCCUCUUGAGAUCCUCCUCAAUCUGCUGCUGGACCGUGUGACGGAUCCCACCACCUCCUCCCAUCCCUGGGCCCCCCUCAAGGUGAUGUCUGCGGUCCUCGGAGGCUGCUCCAAAUCGCUCCUGCAACCACAUCUCCAGCAGAUCGCCAGCACAUUGGCGCAGCCCGAUGUCUGCCAGGAAUAUCAACAGGUGAUGUACUUGGAGCAGCUCUUGGCGUGCGUGGAUGUGCUGCUGCAGCAGUGCGAGGCCGACGUCGGCCCGGUCAGCCUGCAGCUGCUGCAGGUGCUGGUCGCCGUCCAGAGCCUCAGCACUGAACCGCAGCUCAGCGAAAAGGCCCUGGAGAGUGUGCGGUUGUUGUGUAAGGUGCAGGGACUCCCCUCACUGAUGGAGCUCUACAGGCAACACAUGGCCCAGCUGCUGGACUGGCUGUACGCCUCCAUCAACAGCUGGUCCAGUUACACCCCUCAGAGGCUGCAGCUACACAUCAUCAUGGUGCAGUCAGGGCCUGUUGUCGGGGAGUUUGUCGGUCAGCUGAUGCCCCUGCUUCACAUCUGCCUCCAGAGUGACAAGGACCCUGAGAUGAGGAUGAACUUCUUCACAAUGCUGGCUAAGCUGCUGCUGGAUGCUAAGAACACGCUGGACUCUCAAGGUCAUUUCCAGAAUGAAUCUGAGAAGUUUGUCAGCGACGUCUUGCUGCCCAACCUGAUCUGGCAGGCAGGUCGGACGGCCGGGGCGGUUCGGACCGCAGCCCUCAGCUGCCUGCUGGCCGUGCUGCACGGAGGAACCAUCUCCCCUGCUCAGCUGCUGGGUUUGGAGCAGAAACUGAGUCCCCAGGUCUUGUCGGCUCUGGAGGAAGACUCCCCGAUGGCCCGGACCUUAGCCUGCCGCUCCCUGGCCACCAUGUUGGGACUCAUCGGGUCCGAGCUUCACCCCGAGGCCCUCAACAAGAUCUAUCCAGAGCUCCUGAAGCGCCUGGACGACAGCAGCGAGGGGGUGCGGCAGGUGGCGCUGCAGACCAUCGGCCUGUGGCUCUCCAACCUGAACAAAAACUACAACGCCGAGGUUUUCUCUUCUCACCUGGAGUUCCUGUUCCAGCAGCUCCUCCUGCAUCUGGACGACCCGGACAGCUCGGUGCAGGACCAAGUGCUCGGUGUCCUGAAGCAAGGCAGCACUGUCCACCCUGCACUCCUGAAGAAAGAAGUGGUCGCUGUGAGGGACAAACAGCGGAGUCCUCUCUACUGCGACCAGCUGCUGCAGCACCUUGGCUCACUCACCAACUGACCAUCCGAAAUCAAGCACAAAAAAAAUCAGUGUGGAACCAUGAAAUGACAACACUGAGCUCUCAGUUAUUCAUUUCAAGUCUAAAUGUGAUAUUUUUACUUACAUUCGAUUAUUAAGGUCUGGUUUUACCCUGUUUUUCAAACUGAUUUUACUGGAGUUUCUCUAUGCUUUUUACAUUGCCCAACUGAAGAAAAUAUUGACUGAGAAUUCUAGGAAUAUAUAGGAAGUUAUGUUGAUCAUGU